CAAUUAAAACACAAUCUGUGUUGUAGCUUUGCUAAUGAUAAUAAAACGUCAUCGUAUUUGUUAAUUUAACCAUGAUCUUACAAUGAGAAAGGUCCGAAUAUUUCAUCUGAUGUUAAGAAAUCGUUGGUCAAGAAAUUAUUAUGAAAGUUGUUGCGUGUUGUAUUGGGAGAAAGUGGUGGUCGACGCGUGGUACAAGUAUGGCUGAUGGAACGAUUAAGCAUUCGAUUAUCUUUCCAAAAAGUUCGAAAGCUUUUCUCGUACAACCUUUAUGUGAACUGAGCAAUGUAUGGCCGCCCACAGGGAAGUACUUUCUCGAUCAAAAAUCUUUAGAAAGGAUAGAUGGAUUCUUGCGGAUUCAUAGGAAUGCUUAUGUGCUUUUUACUGCCAGCGAAAUCUCAUCGGAUGAAGCUUUGAUCCUGGAUGCUACUCAAAAACAUUUCAUCAAACACCAUGUAACCUUCCUACCAAUCACAGGUGGUGCUUCACAGUGUGUUGAAAUAAUUAUGGAUAUUAUCCAUUCAGAGGUUGAUGCAAGCAAUAUGCUAAGUGAUAUGAAGAAGCUCUGCGAUGGAGAGCUAGAUGAGAGUAUGAUAUGCAAUAUUAUUGAGAAAAAUCUAGAAGUUUCUUCACACGAUGCAAUGGUUCUUCAUGAUGGCUGCAAAACAAUUCAGAACAUCGCAAAUGCAGAAUUGGAUCAACUCAUGGAAUGCAGCUUAUCUGUCAAAGUUAGCAAAAAUGUGAUUGCUUUUUUUGACUAACCAUGUGAAUGAAUAAUUAUGUAGUUUUUUAUUCAAUACCUUUAUUUUUUGUUUUACUUAUGAUGUUCCUAGCCUAUGAGGAAUUGAUAGAUUUUUAUGUUGGAAUUCCCUGAUUUUAAUACCCUUUUUAUCGAA